UGUCAAUCGUAGACUAGCGUGUUGCGAGACUGUGGCGUAUACUUCUUAUGUGAUUACACAAUUAGGAUAGCAUCAACAUUUUAGAUUGAUUUUAAUUUUAAUAAAAUAAAAACUAUAGCAAAAGAUAACUGGCUAUGUCCCAAAUUAAUGACUUAAUACGGGUAAUGAGAGGGCUUCGUCAGGUUGUUGAAGCAGGACUUAAAUUACAACAGGAGAAUUCUAGCUUAAUAUGGAAUAACUCAAGCUUUAAGCCAUACUUUCAAAAGUGCACAACUAACCCCUUUAAUAUCAAAGUAUAUCCAGACAUACCUAAAGACUUAGUUGAUAGAGCAUUUGUUGUAUUUCAUGGAAUAAGACAAUAUGCCCUAAUGCAUGUACCAAAUUUUAAUCCUAGUAUUAAGAAAAAUAGCAUGGAUCCUGAAUUGCAAGAUGAGAUUGAACAGUUAAAUAGAGAGUUUGAUAAAACAUUUGAAACUUUGAAAAGGAAACAAAAUCAUGAAAACUCAUUAUUAGCAUCUGGGGAUAUUACUGUGCCACUGGAAAAAUUGAAGUCACAAGCAGAGAGAUUAAAACUAAAAUCUAUUGACACACCUAAUGUAAUGCUGCCUUCUGCCGUGAAAAUAGAGGAUACCAUCAUCAAUAUAGAUGAGAAUAGAGUUCCUGUUUUAAAACCAGUAGCCAAGAAGAAGUUGAAAGUAUUUCUCAAUGAAAAUUCAAAAGCUCGUGUGGUGCCUUCAUCCCGUAUUGGGCGUAUGAUAUCAUUUGGCUCAUUAGCUGCUGGCCUUGGUGUGGGAACAGUAGCACAAUAUGCAAGAAAUACACUUCAGUCUGUCACCGGCAAGACUGAUGAUACAGUCAAUGCAUUUUUGUCACCUGCAAAUGCAGAAAGAAUCGUUGACACACUGUGCAAAGUUAGAGGUGCAGCUUUGAAGUUGGGCCAACUUUUGAGUAUACAAGAUGAGUCAAUGAUACCAUCAGAUUUACAAAAAAUAUUUGAGCGUGUACGUCAAUCUGCUGACUUCAUGCCAACAUGGCAGGUUGAAAAAGUAAUGUUGUCGCAACUAGGUGCCGAUUGGCGCAGUCGUGUUCAAUACUUUGAGGAAAAACCAUUUGCAGCAGCAUCAAUAGGACAAGUACAUUUAGCAUUGUUGCACAGUGGCAGAGAAGUUGCUAUGAAAGUGCAGUAUCCAGGAGUAGCAAAAGGAAUUAAUAGUGACAUAGACAACCUUGUUGGAGUACUUAAGGUAUGGAAUUUGUUCCCAAAGGGUAUGUUUAUAGACAAUAUUGUGGAGGUUGCAAAGAAAGAGUUAGCUUGGGAAGUGGAUUAUAUGCGUGAAGCGGAAUGUACAAGAAAAUUCAAAAGACUCCUGGCGCCGUUUCCGGAAUAUUACGUGCCAGAUGUUAUAGAUGACCUUUGUGCACCAGAAGUGAUGACUACAGAGUUAAUAGAAGGGCAACCAAUUGACAAGCUAUUCAAUGCUGACCUUGAAACAAGAAUGGAUAUUGCCUACAAAAUUAUGCAACUUUGCUUGCGGGAAAUGUUUGUAUUACGUUGUAUGCAGACUGACCCAAACUGGGCAAAUUUCUUUUAUAACACCAAUACUAAACAGGUAAUUUUAUUGGACUUUGGGGCCACACGCGAAUAUUCCAAAGACUUCAUGGACCAAUAUAUUGAGAUAAUACACGCGGCCUCAGAAGGUGACCGUGAUGCCAUCUUGCGGAUGUCAAGGGAAAUGAAAUUCCUUACUGGAUACGAGUCAAAGAUCAUGGAAGAAACGCAUGUAGACACAGUUAUGAUCAUGGGGGAGAUUUUUACCACCGCUAGUACGGACGGUUUCGACUUUGGCUCCCAAAAUACGACAAAACGCAUACAGUCCCUCGUACCAACAAUAUUAACGCACAGACUUUGUCCACCUCCGGAAGAAAUCUACUCGUUACAUAGAAAACUAUCAGGUGUUUUCUUAUUAUGCUCAAAAUUAAAAGUUAAAAUGAACUGUCGAGAUAUGUUCCAAGAUAUCUACCGGCAAUACAAAAAUAAUGACUUCAAUUAAGUGCUUCCGGCUGAGGCUGACUCAUUCUUGGUCUUAGUGAUAUUUUUUCAAAUCGUUUUACAUAUGCCAAAAAUGACUCAUUUGAAAAUUUAUAUAUCUAGACUAGGAAUGGAAAAACUUCGAUGUCCGCUUCUUUUUAUAGUUGCCUUACUCUUAUUCUUUUGAUUUGAGGUAAAUUUAACCAUGAUUUUAAAGAAGAUAAAUCUUAUUGGUUGAUGGUUUUGGUAUUUUAGCGAUUUUUGAGCGAAAUGUCUCUAGAAAUGUCUCUAAAUAUCUCACCCUUGCAUUGCAUUGCAUACCCUGAACGGCCCAAGGCCAUGUUUUAAGCUCUUAAAUAAAUGAAGGUUGUUGAUUAAUGGUUUUAUUUCUUGUUAGUAAAUAUGUACAAAUGCUGUAAUUUUAGGUAUAAUUGUUUAUAAUGAUUUUAACUCAAAAUUAAGCAGUUUUAAGUGUCAUUCAAUACAUAAAAAAAUUGUAUGUUAAUUUAUUUGCUUUAAUCAUAACACUACUAAUUUUGAUUUGAUUUCAAGUUGUUUAUCUUAUUGUUAUUGUAAAAAGCCUAUGAUUUAU